GAAACCUAGCUACCUGUGCCCAAAGGCUUAAAUACACACCUGUGCAAAGUGAGCUCUUAGCCUUAAAUUAAGGUUCCCCAAUUUUUGUCCUUUGAUUACGUCAUAUCAACCAUGGAUAUCUCAAAGCCACAUGCAGCACUGCUGUCUAGCCCCGGGAUGGGUCACCUCAUUCCCGUCGUGGAGCUCGGCAAACGCCUCGUGACCCACCACAACUUCACCCUCACAAUCUUGGCCGUCACUUCUCCCAUGUCGCCGGCAGAGUCUCAUGUUAUCCAGUCCUCCAUGAGCCCGAAACUCUUCGACAUCGUCCAACUCCCACCGGUUGACAUCUCCGGCCUAGUUGAUGCAAACUCUCCGAUUGUAACACAACUCUCGGUAAUGAUGCGUGAAGCCCGGCCAGACAUUCGUUCCGCAAUCUCUGCCUUGAAGCCCCGUCCAACCGUGCUUAUCGUCGACCUAUUUGGAACCGAAUCUUUUCCCAUAGCUGAUGAACUUGAUAUGCUCAAGUAUGUCUACUUCCCUACGAACGCAUGGUUCCUUGCUUUGACCAUAUAUGUGCCGUUCCUCGACAAAGAGGUGGAAGGAGAGUAUGUUCACCAAGUAGAGUCGCUGAGACUCCCCGGUUGCAAGUCGGUGCGGCCUGAAGACGUGGUUGACAUGAUGCUUGACCGAACUAACCAGCAGUAUGUUGAGUACGUAAGAAUGGGGUCUGAGAUCCCAAUGAGCGACGGGAUUUUAUUGAAUACGUGGGCGGAACUGCAUCCCACAACACUUGCUGCGCUGAGAGAUGACGGUCUCUUGGGUCGGGUCAUUACGAGCCCGGUUUACCCUGUUGGUCCUUUAACAAGAACGGUCUCCGCUUCGAAGGGCCAGUUGUUUGACUGGCUAGACAAGCAACCCAGCGAGUCAGUGAUUUACGUGUCGUUUGGAAGCGGUGGAACCCUUUCAUACGAGCAAACGACCGAGAUAGCCUGGGGGUUGGAGCUGAGCCAGCAGAGGUUCAUUUGGGUGGUACGCCCACCCACCAUAAGAGCUGCGGACGCCGGUUUUUUCACGGCAGGGAACGCAUCAGGUGAUGACCCAUUGAACUACUUGCCCGAUGGAUUCUUGACACGAACGAGGAACGUGGGGCUUGUGCUACCCCUGUGGGCCCCGCAAGCGGACGUCCUGCGCCACCCAUCAGUUGGUGGGUUCCUGUCGCAUUGUGGGUGGAACUCCACCCUAGAGAGCAUCACCAACGGAGUGCCAAUGAUUGCGUGGCCGCUCUACGCGGAGCAGAAGAUGAACGCCACGUUACUGACGGAAGAGCUCGGCGUGGCCGUACGGUCGAAGGUGUUGCCGUCGAAGAAAGUGGUGGGAAGACAAGAGAUAGAGAAGAUGGUGAGGACGAUCAUGGAAGACAAAGAAGGGAAUGCGAUAAGAGCAAGGGUGAAGGAGCUAAAGCAGAGUGCAGAGAAAGCUUUGUCAAUGGGUGGUUCGUCAUUCCAUGCACUUUCCGAGCUGGCAAAUCAAUGUGAGGUUAGAAUGCAAAGCCAGAAUUAAAGCACAGGCUCCGUGAGGGUCCACAGACUAACUCCUCUUGGUUAUGUUUCCUACUUCGUUUCGUUCUGUUUCUUUUCCACUCGUAAUUAUGUUAUGGAAUGUGGUUGUCGUUGUCAUUUGUAAUAAUCUGAAUGUUCCUGUCGUUGUCAUCUGUAAUAAGAUUCCGAGAAGUAGAUGUGCUAGGGUUAUGCGACGUCGGUUGAAACAAAAUUAACUCCACUGACUUUGGGCAUGUCACUCUCACAUUCAGAGUAAAACUAGAAACAAUGUUUUUAUUUCAUAAAUAUGUCAAAUAUGGCAACUUUCACUCCGAAUUUGAAAGCCUGUUGUGGCGGCUUUACACAGGUAUCAAGUAAUCUUUUACAUAUAUAGACCGCAAUUUCCAAA